UUCAAAGAUAAUCUUCAGUUAUUCUGGGACAGAUUGGUACGUGAGAGUCAACAUGGCCCUCUCUUUGAUCAGGUUCUGUUCGACAAGUGCAUGGACUAUAUAAUAGCUUUGUCAUGCACUCCUCCAAGAGUCUAUCGUCAAGUUGCUUCUAUUAUGGGACUUCAACUCGUCACAUCCUUCAUAGCUGUUGCUGAUGUCCUCAGUGCUCAACGUGAAACAACUCGUAGGCAGUUAGAUGCUGAAAAAAAGAAAAGAGCCGAGGGACUUCGUGUUGAGUCACUAAGCACAAAGUUUUCAAUGACUCAUGACAAGAUAACAAUGCUACAGGAGAUGAUGCGCAAAAUCUUCACCGGGUUAUUUAUGCACUGUUAUCGAGACAUGGAUCCAAAUAUUCGAAUGUCUUGCAUAGAGUCUUUAGGUGUAUGGAUUUUGUCCUACCCCUCUCUGUUCUUGCAGGAUUUAUACUUAAAGUAUCUUGGUUGUACACUAAAUGACAAAAAUGCUGGUGUCAGAAAAGCUUCUGUCCUUUCAUUGCAAAAGCUGUAUGAUGAGGAUGAUAAUGUGCCGACUCUUGGUCUAUUCACUGAAAGAUUUUCCAAUCGGAUGAUUGAGCUUGCUGAUGACAUUGACAAUACUGUAGCUGUAUGUGCAAUAGGCCUUGUAAAACAACUGUUAAGGUAA